AUGAUGGUCCAAUUCUUGUCCGGUGGACGCCUGGUCGGCGCCUGCUGCCUGGCUCUACAGAUUGCUGCAUGUGCAGCUAACGCUGCCAGUGGCCAAUUCCCACAGCUCCUCGACGCCACGCUCGAUGAACUGCGCCAGGGGCUUGAUGGGGGCCAAUUCUCCAGCGUCGACCUGACCAAGGCCUACAUUGCCCGAAUCAACGAGGUCAGCGUGCAGCUGCACGCUGUCAAUGUCAUCAACCCCGAUGCCCUGUCCAUUGCUGCCAAGCUGGACAAGGAGCGCUCCCAGGGCAAGGUCGGCCCUCUGCACGGCAUUCCCAUCCUCAUCAAGGACAACAUUGCCACCGACGACAAGAUGGACAAUACGGCUGGUUCCUUUGCGCUGGUCGGCGCCAAGGUUCCCGAGGACAGCACCGUCACGGCCAAGCUGCGCAAGGCUGGCGCCAUCAUCCUCGGCAAGGCCAAUUUGUCGCAGUGGGCCAACUAUCGCAGCGACAACGGCAGCUCCGGCUGGACGGCAGUCGGUGGACAAACCAUUGGCGCCUACUUUCCCGGCCAGGACCCCUCGGGCUCAUCUUCUGGAAGCGGCGUCUCAUCGUCCAUUGGUCUGGCGUGGGCGUGCCUCGGCACCGAGACUGAUGGCUCCAUCAUCUCGCCGUCUCAAGAAAACAACAUUGUCGGUAUCAAGCCUACCGUAGGCCUCACCUCGCGCUAUCUCGUUGUGCCGAUUUCCGAGCACCAGGACACCGUUGGGCCCAUGGCGAGAACGGUCAAGGAUGCCGCGCAUCUGCUCAGCGCCAUCGCUGGCAAGGACAGCCACGACAACUACACCUCGGCCAUUCCCUUUGGCGACAAGGUCCCCGACUACGUGGCGGCUUGCAAAGCGUCUGGGCUAAAGGGCAAGCGCAUCGGUGUACCGCCGGGGCUGACUGGCGGCGAUUCAGGGCUCUCUGCACCUGUCGCAAAAGCUUUCCGCCAGGCGCUCAAGGUCUUGCAGUCCAGCGGCGCGAUUAUUAUCGAUAAUGUUGCGCUCCCUGGACUCGGGCAGUAUGGAGACGCCAACGAUAUCGUCCUGAAGGCUGAUUUUCUCACGGAUCUGCCAAAACUGUACUUGGACAAGCUGGUGAAGAACCCAAACAACAUCAAGUCGCUUGCUGAUCUACAAGCAUUCACGCAAAAGGAUCCUCGGGAGGACUGGCCACACCGAGACACGGGCAUCUGGGACUCAGCGCUGGAGCGCGGAUAUGGCAACGACUCGCCCCAGUUCCAGCAGGCAUACCAGAAGCAGCUGUACUACGGCGGCCAGCAGGGCCUGACGGGCGCUCUGAAGAACCACUCGCUGGAUGCAAUCUUCGCGCCUUCGGACUACAUCUCCGGCAUGGCCGCGCCGCUCGGCAACCCGGCCGUCACGCUGCCACUUGGCCGCAUGCCCGACGGCACGCCCGUGACCCGCAACGGCUUCGGAAACCUGAACGCGACGGCGCCGAACCAGCCCUUUGGUGUUGGAUUUGCUGGCGCUCGCUUUAGCGAGGAGGUGCUGAUUGGCAUGGCCUAUGCUCUGGAGCAGCAGACGCAGGUGCGCACCAAGGUUCACCCGGUUGUUGUUCCCAAGACGGAGCUCAAGGACGUGGUGGGCAAGUAA